AUGGACGUCAUACAAAAAAAGCUGACGGCCCUCGAUAUCAUCUUUUGGUUGCGAGAAAACUACAAGAUGGGCAAGAGCGGCUCAACGUCCAAGAACGCCGUCUACCAGCACUACCUGGACAUGUGCCAGGAGAAGGGCAUCGAGCCCUCCAUAUCGGCGACCUACUUCGGGUAUGGCAAGCUCGAGCCCGAGCUGUGA